CCUGCUUCAGUAUGCGCCUAGGAUCAGGCUGAGAGACAGUGGGUUCAAGAUGCUCUCGCCUCUUCAUCCUCACGACCGCCCGUACGACACGCAGCCUAAACACCAUGCACAGUGCUGUGCCUGACGGCCACUCCCCGUCUCCCCCCCAGCGUGCGACGCAAUGUGUGCAUCGCGGCGUCACACUGCGAGCGUCAAAUGGCUCACGAAACGAGAUGGGGUAUGCUGCAGUGGCCGUCAGCCACACGAAAGCGCAAGCUGCACACGUUGGGUCCCGACAGCUUUGUCGCACCGCCUGCGCCAUCCUCAAGAACGCGAUGCUGCUGGCCGCUGGGCGCGGUGCCGGCGGGCCGACAGCCCAGGAGCAGUCGUUGCGCACUGUCUGAGUGCGGCUGAACCUCGGGCCUUCGUGGCGGCGCGUUGUAAGGCGGCAGCGGCGCUGCUGGGCCCCAACGGCUGCUGCUGCAAGUGUGGCACCAAGGCCGCCAGAUACGGGCAUGGCAUGUGCGGCGCGUGCUACGAGUGGGAGCGCCGGCGCAAGUAGUGAGCAACUGUGUGUGUCAACUGCUGGCGUUAUUUUGAGGGCCCACGGGACGAGGCACGUUUGCUGACUCGGAUGCGGCAUUGCUCCGACGGCGGCUGUUGUUUUGAGGGCGCUUGGAUGCGAUCUGCCUGCCAUGCAAGCGAGCAGAGUACCGCUGAAGCCACUUCUUCCUAGGUGCCCUCGCGCCCAUGCACCCACUGCAUGGUGCACUGUGCCACUUCUCACGCCUUGCCGGUGCUGGAUUGGGAACUUGCCGGUGCUCACUUGUGUGCUGGCGCAGCCCAUGUUCUCCUUCGGCACGCAGGCCGCUUGCGUGCCGGACUCAGACUGAACCGCACUCAGCCUGAUUGGAGUAGCCCAGCGACUGACCCAGCUUGCCACAGGCACACGGCAUCCGUGCCUUCCUCUCGCGGCUGUUAGAUGUGCUUAAGCGCUGCGGGGUACGUGGGCUAGUGGUGAAUGCCAGUAAGUGCUGGUGGUCUGUGGACGGCUGGGCUUGGGCUGGGUUGUGCUCCAUGUUAGGUGUACGACCGUUGGGCUGUGGUGCGGUGCUGCCGGCCUGCCAAACAUUCAAGUGAUUCAACGUCUGGACUUUGUUAUUGACGUUGGUUGCGGAACUAAUCCGCAAUACCCACCUCGACUGGCUUUCGGCAUGGCGUGGGUUGCCACGGCCUUUGCAACUGGAUAGUGGGCCAACCGGGUACUGGCCCGCCAAGCAUGCGCGUUACCAACGUCCAAAGCCCUCCAUCCUGAGUUCUCCAGAGCCCUCCAGAGCCCUCAGAGCCCUUCAGAGGCCUGUACAGAUCCCUCCAGAGGUUGAGCGGCUCUGAAGCAGCCUGUGUCAGCAAUGCCAGAUUGCCAGACCACCCGCUUUCUAGCUCUGGCUGCCUGCGAAGCAGCUGCUGGAGGACCUGAGCCCCGACGCUUACUGCGCGCUGCGCAAGGCGAUGAAUUGAACGAGCGCGGAGCGGCUUACCCCCAACGUUCACUGUCCCAAUAAAUACGAUAAUGUUUACAGCUAAAUGUACGCUAGCAAGGUUGGAGCGGGGCCCGCAAGAAUGGCCACGUCUCGGUUUCACUCCAGUUUUGGGCGAGUUUCGCAUGAGUUUCUAAUGAGUUUCGCCCAGAGUUUCGCACGAGUUACGGCCGAAUUUC